AUGAAAUACGACUUCCAGACUCUAGGACGUCGUUUGGUCCGCAAAUUCACCACCAAGGACGGACUUCUUGGUGACUAUGACUAUGGGUAUCUUUUCAUACCCGAAAUUCCGUUCCUUUCCAAAGAGCCCAAGACCCAGCCGUUCUUUGGCCUUGACUCGGAAAUGCCUCUCAUCUUGGGAAUGAUUUUGGGGUUCCAGCACACGCUUUCCAUGUUGGCUGGUGUGGUGACCCCACCACUCAUCAUCGGAGGAGCCACCAACAUGAGUCCCACGCUCAUCAACUACUUGGUGUCGUCGUCGUUGAUCACUUCGGGCAUUCUCACCUGCAUCCAGAUCACUCGGUUCCACAUCAAAGGCACAAAGUAUUAUAUCGGAACUGGCUUGCUUUCUGUGGUGGGAACGUCGUUUGCAACCAUCACCAUCGUUACCAAGGCGUUGCCAUUGAUGUACAAAACAGGCAUCUGUCCUCUGGAUGCCGACGGAAAUCCUCUCGCGUGCCCUGACGGAUAUGGGCACAUCUUGGCCAGUGGCUUGGUGUGUUCUCUUCUCGAGAUUCUUCUUUCGUUCUUGCCUCCCAAGGCAUUGCAGAAGAUGUUUCCACCCAUCGUCACCGGCCCUGUGGUGUUACUUAUCGGUAUUUCGUUGAUCGAGUCUGGUUUCCUGGACUGGGUGGGUGGUUCUGCGUGUGUUGGCAAGGUGUGUGAGGUUGGAAGGCACCUGCUUCCGUGGGGAUCGGCCCAGUUUGUUGGGCUUGGUUUCCUCGUGUACGUUUCCAUUAUUUUAGCUGAAAGAUUCGGUUCCCCCAUCAUGAAAUCCUGUGCUGUGAUCAUCGGGCUUUUGGUAGGCUGCAUCGUAGCAGCUGCCUGUGGCUACUUCUCAUCAUCUGGCAUCAGCGAGGCAGCUUCCGUGACCUUUAUGUGGGUGCACACCUUCAAAUUGAAGGUGUAUGCUCCAGUGAUAUUGCCGUUUUUGGCGGUGUACAUCGUGUUGAUGAUGGAAUGCAUUGGUGAUGUCACCGCCACUUGUGACGUGUCGCGUCUCGAGGUUGAAGGUGAGCUUUACGAGUCCCGUAUCCAAGGAGGAGUGCUAGCAGACGGUUUUAACGGUCUUUUGUCCGGAUUACUUACCGUGACUCCAAUGUCCACGUUUGCUCAGAACAACGGUGUGAUUUCAGUCACCAAGUGUGCCAACAGAAAGGUGGGCUACUGGUGUGCUUUCUUCAUGAUUAUUAUGGGUAUCUUCUCCAAGUUUGCUGCUGCAAUUGUCUCCAUCCCAAAGGCGGUUUUGGGUGGUAUGACCUCAUUCCUCUACUGUUCCGUGGCUGUUUCGGGCGUGAAGAUCAUUUCCACCACCGAAUUCACCAGAAGGGACCGUUUCGUUCUCACAGCCUCUCUCUUGCCAGGCUUUGGUGCUGUCUUGGUGUCGAACUGGUUCGACCACGUCUUCACCUACACUGGUGACAACCGUUCGUUAUCGGGAUUCAUGGAUGCCAUCGUGCUUGUGAUGGAGACCGGCUACGCCGUGUCUGGGUUCAUCGGAUUGAUUCUCAACUUGACGUUGCCCCAGAUCAAGGACGAAAUAGAAGAAAUCAACGAGAUCGUGUUGGAAACCGUUGGUUCUGCUGACCAACGGGGAAUGGAGAAUUAUGCCAGAAAGGAGGGUAUCAAGUUGGAAGCCAUCAGAUCCCACGUCUCGGUGCACCACUUUGGCAAUUCCUCCUCUUCCGAGGUGGCAUAG